UGGUCUCCACUGCUCUGAAUGGGAGUGAUGUUCUGCAGAAAAUGGCAGAGGAAGCCACAAAAAAAAAGCCAAACUCCAAACCCAUCAAAGGCAUCUCGGGGCUGAAAGUGAAAGAUCUCCGUCCCCCGGUGAUAUCGCUGGAGCUCUCGCCGGGCUCGGGGCUCUUCAUGGCCGUCUUAAUCCAAAUGACCAUCUCUGGGAAAAGCUUUAUAGGAGGAAACAUGGAAAUCACUCUGGCCGCAAACCUGACAGGCACAAGCCGGCUGUGCAUGCUGCCCAAGGUCAUGAGCAAGUUUCUGAACAGCACCCUUCAGAAAGUGCUGCCAGGUCUGCUGUGUCCAGCUGUGGAUGCAAUGCUCAACCUUGUGAACGCAAAAUUCACCGCCAUGACUUCCGAGAUUCCUCUUGGGACUGCUGGGACCCUCCAGUAUGCUUUGCUGAACCCCCCAGUGACGACUGAAACUUCCAUAGAGCUGGAUUUGAAGACCAUUCUCCACCAAAAGGAGGGAAAGGAGGUUGACCUUCCCAUGGACCAACCAUCUCUUGCUUCUCUGCCACCGAAGAGGGAUGCUGCUACCCAGCUCAUCCUGUCUGCAAACUUCCUGAGUGCUGAGCUCUCUAUUCUGGCGGCGUCCUUCAACCUGGACAUCAGCAAUAACAUGGUUCUUGGGCUUCCCCCACUGGUGACCACGAUGCUUGGAGGCCUCAUCCCCGAGAUUUCCACAGUGCUGCCUCCAUCACAGCCGGUGGUGAUUGAAAUGCGAGAAGCAAAAGCACCAGUGGUGACCAUAACCCCGGACAAAAGCUUUGUGCAGCUCUUCAGCACUGCCGAGUUUUGGGUUUCCCCUUCAGACUCUGCUCCCGAAUCCCUCUUCGUCCUGGAUGUUCACAGCAGCCUGGAGGCGCAGUUUGCCAUUGCAGAAGAAAAGCUGCAGCUCUCCCUCGCUCUGCAAAGUCUGUCUCGGGUGGCCUUGGCUUCGUCCUCCCUCGGGACGUUUGAC